AUGUCACCCAAAAUGACAACCACAUGUGAGGAAACGUUAGAGGGACUUGUGCAGGCGUGGCGAGAAGAAUCAUCGAGCGAGAACGUGAACGGUCAGCGAGAAAACCCCUCCACUGUGAACUAUCCAGCCUGGGCCAAUCUUCGGGCCAAGUCGCAACUGCUUCUGGGCUCUGUGCUUGCCGUCUCACUGCUGCUGGUGAUGAUGGUGAUUGCUGUCAGCGUCUCCUCCUCUGCAUCCCUACAGCCAUUCGGGCCUACACAGAGGGGCAUGGGGUCAACGCAGCAGCAUGGGGUGGCACGAGUUGCUGGGAUGGUGGUACGUGGUCUCUUGGAAACGGGGAGAGCUGGGAGGCGGGGGCUUCAGGAGCCGUUGGGUGGCUCGGGCAUGGGAGACGAGUCAAACGCCGGUGCUACCACCACCAGCAGCAGCAGCAACAGCAGUAACUUGUAUCCUGCUGGUAACCCUGAUCGGCCUGAGGGUGCUGCUACCAGCACUAGCGCUGGUAACGAUUCAAGGGGUGAUGGCAGCAGCAGCACUGCGGAAACCAGUAUUAUUAGUCCUGAUGGCAGCAACACAGGAGCUGGUAAUACCAGGGGCCCCACCAGCAUCACGCCUGCAGGCAAUAGCGCUGUUGCUGGUAACAGCACUGGAGCUCGUAACAGCACUGGAGCUGGUAACUUUACUAGAACCAGUAACGCCACAGCUCCCAGCAGCAGCACAACGCCUGGGGGGAACAGCAGUGCUGCUAGCAAUGGCACGGAGGGGGGGGUGUUGCAGAACGUCACUGGGGCUGCUGGCCAUGGCACGGAGGGGGGUGCGGUGCGGUACUUCACGGUGGGGCAGGAGGCGUUCGUGUGGGGUUCUCCUCUCGUCACCUUCUUCCGCCAGCAGGCCACCCGUGCUGCCCUCAACGCCUUCUCCUACGCCAACACCACCGCUGUUGUCGGCACCACCAGGACCUACCAUGAGACGUUGCAUCCUUCCUCGUCCCCUUUCCCGUCCCCUUCCAUCUCGUCCCCUUUCCCGUCCCCUUCCCUCUCGUCCCCUACCUCUUCCUCCAGAGGACUGGGACCCACCGUUGCACUGCAGACCUUCACAUUCUCAUCCCCUCUCCCUCCUAAUUCAUCCCCAUAUGUGGCUCUCCCCAAUGUGGACACGGUGUAUGGAGGGGCCUUCCUCUACCUGCGAGACCAACCGAUGGUGCUGAGAACCCCCUACAUGGGCCAAGGCCGUUAUUACAGCGUCGGGUUCUUCCAGACCUAUUACUCGGAUUUCAGUGUGAACGGCAGCCGAGCCAACGGGCCAGGCCCCAACACGUUCACUCUAGUCGGGCCCAACUGGGCCGGAGAGCUGCCUGGUGACCUUGCACCUACAGUCAUACGGUCGCCCACCAAUGACGCUCUCCUGCUGAUGCGAGUGGUCGUGUCCGCAAAUGUCUCCAACGACCUUGCUACAGUGCUCGACCUCUACAGUCAAGUCUCGCUACAGUCACUCUCAGAGGCGCUAGGCGGGCCUGCAGUUGCGCCCCUCCCCAAUCCGCCCCUCCCCAGCUCCAACCUCUCCGAAGCCCUCCAGCGCAUGACUCUUAUUGGUGAGGGCCUUCAGCGGGACCCACCUGCCAAUAACAGCGCCAACAACCGCGUCGUGCGCAUGCUCGCCUCCAUCAACGUCACCCAGCAGCACGGUUUCGACCCCUACAGCGUUACACAGCAGCAGGCAGCAGCACUAGAGGCAGCGAGAGUGGUGACAGACCAGGCACUGAGCACCGCCAAUCAAAUCAUUCAGAUCAACGAAUCGCUCAUUCAGUCGGACGAUUUCUGGUCCUCAUCACUCAACUGGCUGGGUCACGACUAUGAUCGCGAGUUCUUCUAUCGCGCCACCUUCACCUCUGCUGGGGGCAUUGGGGCACUGCCCGCCACUGAAGUCGUCUACUUCCUCACCUUCCUCGCCCAGGCCGUUCCAACGCUGCAAGGCCUGUUUCCUGGCAACCCAGCAACACCAACUCCCUUGUCAGGAUCACCCUUGUCAACCCCUCUCAACACCACCACUCCAUCCAACACCACCACACCAUUCAACACCACCCAGACUUCUCCCGAACCUCCCAGCCUCCCCUCGCUGCCUCCCUUCCGCCGCUUCCCCCCCUUCGUCCCCCUCGAAGGCCCCCUCUGCUUCCGCCUACGCCUCACCCCUCCUCCGGUCGACUCCUUCUGGUCGGUCACGGUUUACAACAGCACCUCUCUAAACCUCCUGGAGGGAGUCACCAAGUAUGGCGUGGGUGAUAGAACUCCGGGCCUCCUGGUGAGUCCCCUGCUUCCUUUCACAUCACCCCUCCCCCGGCCGACUGCUCCAUCAUCCUUCACAACAGCACAGCACCUCUUUGAACCUCUUGGAGGGAGUCAGCAAACAAGGAGUGCAGUGGUCCUGAGGGCGUAUGGCCCCUCACAGCUCAUUCUCAACGGCACGUACCGCCCGCAGCCAACAAGGAGUGCAGUGGUGCUGCGAGCGUACGGCCCCUCACAGCUCAUUCUCAACGGCACGUACCGCCCGCAGCCAGUACAGCUCUUCCCUCCCGGCCCCACGUGCCAAGGGGAGCAGCAGCAGGGCGGUGUCACUCUCACAGCACCACCAGCAGGGCAGCAGGAGGCCAAUCGUACUCUCAUAAACCCUGUUUCCUAG